UUUCGACUGCAGUGACAGUCAAGGAUGUGUACACAAGAGCUUUUAUUGGAUUAUGCUAUACAUGCAAUAUGGCAUUUGCAGCAGCUGAAAACAAAAGCACUGGAAUUACCAUAAGUGAUAUUAGUCUCUGUGAGCCGCACAUAAAGAAGAAUACAAGAGCUUCUGCGUCAUUCCCAUUUAUCAAGCCAUAUCUGAGUGCUCAACCAUUAAAGUAUGCUGUUAAAAUAGUCCACCACCUUGGGAAUGUCUUUUACCAGAGGUUUGAAAUAACAGCCACCAACAGUACUGAGCAAAAAGAUGAUUUGUCUCUUGAUGAGUCAGUGUCCAUUAUCAGAGAACUGGCUGCUGAACUGGACAGAGUGGUACAGUCCAAGAAGUUAUCGAUGGCUCGAAAGAUUAAAAAUAAAGGAAGUAACAAAGAACAGGAAGAACAACAGUAUUAUAUUAUGCAGUGGGCAAAUGAUCUGGAGAACAUACGGACAAAACAAAUGGACAAGAAAGAGGUUUGGAUUUACAUUUUUAAGAGUAAUGAAGUUUUAAAGAAAUAUUCCUGUUUAAAGAUUAUUUCCUUAGCAACAAGUCUGACCUCUGAGAAGCUGUCUAGUGAAAUGAAUCUCAACAAAGCAAAAACAAUCCUGUCAGACUGGUCUGGGAGACUGAAAGAUUUGAAAGAGAACUCAGUUUGUCCAAAGGGGGGAUGGGAAGAAACAGUGAGGGAUCUUCACAAAGAGUGGAAGCAGGGAGAGUCCAGCAUGCUUCCAGUAAUGGACUGGAUGGUAUGGGCUGUUCUACAGUCAGAAUGCUCAGAGGUGGAUUUCGUCCCCAGACUGUGGGUGAGGAGUAAACAGAGAUCCAAAAACACAGUUGGAUUACGGAUUCCUAACACAGUUUGGAAUUGGAUAACAAAAUCAACAGCUGAUGUAAUUCUGGACCCGAACACAGCCAACCCAGAUCUCCUGGUCUCUGAAGAUGGAAAAUAUUUGAAAGCAAAAAAAUAUGGUCAUGAAUCCUGGAAAACGUUUCAAUGGAAACAUUCUAAAUUUGAUGGCUGGACGUGUGUCCAAGCUAAAGAGGGUUAUAACACAGGUAGACAUUACUGGGAGGUAGAUGUGAGGAAGAAACAAGAGUGGAGAGUAGGAGUUGUAAAGGAAUCUGCCCCUCGGAAUGGCUAUGUCCCAAUGAACACAAAAUCAGGGUACUGGAAUCUGCGUUUGCAACUGGGAACUUUGAUAGCUUUGACUGAACCAGUCACUAAAGUCAACCUGUCGACACCCUCUAGGGUCGGAGUUUAUCUGGACAUAGAGGAGGGCCAUGUCUCUUUCUAUGAUGCAGUCAAAAGAAGACAUAUCUUCUCUUUCCACACUGACUUCAGAGAGACUGAAAACAUUUACCCAGUGUUUGGUACUGUUGAGACAGACAGAGCAUUGAUGAUUUCAUAGUAAAAUGUAUUUCCAAAUUGAGUAUAUGAAAAAAAUAACUAAUG